ACGGGGGUGCAUUCGCUCGGUGGUAGCAACCACAUAGAUAAUCCCCUUGCUUUUUGUCUUCAAGCAGAAAAUUCGCAAAUGCUCUUUAACAUUGGAGGGAUCACGGAACUAUUCAUAUUUUUGAAGAAGGAAGAUUUUUGUUCCCCGAUGCAUCGACGUGAUACAUUAGAGUGUAUAAAAAAAAAAGAUAGUACUAUGUGUACAUAUAGAUAAAGAAUAUAUUGAAAAUAGCACUGUGAGAGAGAGGAGAUAGGUUCAAAGCAAAGUGGCUUGGCACAAUGUUGAGUCCUACGCCAAUCGAUCGGCCGAGCCUGCAUCCUGGCACGUACCUCAUCGCGCCGCGAGUGCCUCACGGACUCGCAGCCGUUGUCGAAGGACUCACCAGAGAAGUUCUGCGACAUCGUCCCGAAGACAUAUACGUCUUUGCGGCUCAUCACUUCGAGAAACUGUUGAAGCUACGCGAGCAGUAUUACGCUGAAGAGUACAACGAUCGCGAAUUCGAUCGCGAGUUUAGCCGUGACUUCAAUUUGAGUCCCACCAAAGAGACCGAGGAUACGAAAAAAGUUUCUCACAGCGAUUGGUCCCUGAAGAAAGAGAUCGGGAGUCUGGAGAAACGCGGAAAUAAAUACGCCGACGCGGAAGAGACUACGGAAGAUGGUUUUACCGAUCGAGAAAAUCGAAAAACUUCGACAAGUUCAAAAGUUUCUUCGAGAGAGACGAAGAGAACCUCGAAGAGAUCGAAGAAUAACGAGACGUCGGAUGCUCGCGCGGCGCGAAUCAUCUCGCAGAUGUCCGCUGCGAAGAGUAUUCAAACCAAGGAUAUCAAGCAGGAACUCAGGAAGAACAAAUUAAGUGGCGAGAAGACAAAGAUCACGGAUAACACCGAGAAAGGAAUUAAAGGAGAGAGACGGGGAAACAGAACGAAGGUGGUAAAAGCGGAUAAGGUAUCCGAGGAGGAAACUGAACGUUCCACAACGAUUACAAGUUCGAGCAAAACUUCCACGAGAAGACCCUUGAAGAAGGUGCGACGAAUUGAAACUGAAUCCGAGACCGAAACAGAGCGUGAGAUCAACAAAACUAGACUUGAAAACGGACACUCUAAAUCAAUUGCGAAGAAUGACAGAAAAGCGAAAGAAAAGCGGAUCUCGUCCGAACAUUCGUGCGAGAGAAAAAUAUCGUCGCGAGCAAUCAGCAUGGAUCGCAUUCGAGCGUACGUGUUGCGCAAGUUCGCGAGCACGGCGAGUUUGGAAGUUCUCCGAUCGCCCACGUAUGUGGAACAAGUUCAGGAAGUGAUCGAUCGAGCGGCGCCGAUCAUCAAGGAAAAACUGGAGGAGAUCAGGAGACCCCGAGGAAAGCGUUCGAGAUCGGUUGAUCUCGCUUGGAACGAGGAAUCUCUUCGUCAGUACGCUCGGGACGAGAAAAGACGGGGCGAUCGCGAAAAAGAGAAAAACAAACGAGGAAAGAGCGAAAACGGACUCGAGCGAAGAGAAGACGUCGCGAAUAACGAGGAAAAUUGUUUUGCGAGAAAAGAGAGCAUUUCGAGUGCGGAGACAGAGGAGAAAAAAAUCCGAACACGCAGCGUGGGAUCGGGCAAGAAAUCGAGAAGACGCGAGAGUGGCGACUUCGGGGUCGUCGAUCAAGUCGACAACAACUCGAGGCACAGCGAUCACAAAUCAGACAACGUUUCGCCCAAUGUUUCGUGCGACACUCUUGAAGCGAGACUUACCGUCACGCAGAACAUUCUGGAAGACAUCUCGAAGACAACGUCCGAGCUAAGCGGCGCUCGCAAGAUCGAAUCUUCCGGAAGUGCGCCGUCACCGGAAUUAGAAAUCUCCGAUGCGAAUAUCGUUUCCUUGCCGAUUGUGAGACCGCCAUCCUCUAAAAAUUCCAGAAACGCCAGCAAAACCGAUUCGGACAAUUUGACGUUGCCGCCGAUAUCUCCGGAGGUGCCGAAGUCGACGAAAAAGAAGGACGAGUUGUCGCUGCCGAUUCUACCGGCGGCGACCAAUGGAAAUCAUUCCAAGAAAUCGCAAGAGGAUGAUUCCAAGGACGUCGAGGAAGCCUCGACAAUGCGCGAUAUUACGAGCGACAUGGAAGACGAAGGUGUUAAUGUUAAAAAAGACCUAAAUGAUGAUCGUCACGACGUGACAAUGUCAGACGUAAGAAUUACGAACGAGGAGAAACGAGAAGAGGAAGACGAAGUUCUUCUUCGAGAAGAUAUUUCGGAAACUCUCGCCGAGAAACAAGGAAGUUUCGAGGAAUUGGAAAAAUUGAUAGAACUAGAAGGUGACAGGUUGGAGGAAAACUUCAAAGACAGUUUGAACGUCACGCCGGAAGUGGACGUGCCCCCUAGACCGGAUUCGUUGGAGUCACCGGAGAUGGAAAAGUUGCGGGAUGACGAUGCGGAUAUCGCGCAGAAUAAAACGUUUGACGGAUUGAAGGACAAAUUGAUCGAGAUCGAGAUGGCGGAGAGAAAUGUCGAAAAAGCUCUAGCUGGCCAAUCAACUGCUACGCGUGAAACCGAUGAGUCGAGCAAGGAAGAAGAAACGACGAAGAAGGACGAUGUUAAGGACGAGAACAAAGAAUCGAUGCGUGAAACAGAACAAGCGAAGGAAGAAGAAACGGAGACGUCGACCAACGAAAUGGAUAAGGUGGAAAACUUGACAAAUAGAAUGGAAGAAGCGAUCAAGCAAGCCGAGAAAUCGGCCAAACUUGCAGAAGAGGUAAAUGACGUAGAAGAAGCGGAAGUGCUUCGUGAUCGGGAGUCCGUAAAUCCGGAGUCACCAAGCGGAGACGGUCAGAUGAUUGCCGAUGUGAUUACGGGCGAAACGGACGAUGGCAACUCGACGACUUCACAAAACAAACCUGAAAAUGAGACAAAUGAAUCUUCUGGAACUGCAAUGUCUGAAAAUCCUACCGACGAAGCUUCGACCAUAAAUCUUUCGAACGGGAGUAAUACCGGCAAGAAGAAAGAACGAAAGAAACGCGAAGCUGGAAAGAAGUCGCCAGCUACAACGGCGCUCUCUUUGGACAUACCCUUCGCUUACGUUCUCAGCGAAGGUUCGCCCUGCGAGAUUCCCGAGUCUGUGACAACUGUGAUUAUUCCGGACAGACGGUAUUCCUCUCCCGUAAUCGCGGAAGAAGACGACAAUCAGCAGAAGGAACAUUCACUUGUUCUUUCUGACGUCGAAAAUAAAACACAGGAUCAAGAGGAAUUAGACGCAAACCUGUUUGGCGAGUAUAUUCCAGCUGAACCCAGCGUUUCAUCCGUGGAUAUCGAAUUCGCGCAAGAUCUGACAGGAAUGAAACCCAAUCAGGACAUAGUAAUUCUUCAUCAAGACUUGGACAAAAUCAAGGAGGAAGGUGAGGAAGAGGAGAAGGAGGACGUUGACGAAAAAGAAAUGACGAAUUCUCCAAAGGAGGAAGACGACGAUGAAGCGGUUACGCGAAAUGAGGAAGCGACGAAGAUGGAAAACAUCGCGGAGCGCGAAGAGAACGAAGACAUCGGCACGAAGACAAUUCCCGAGCAGAAGGAUACUGAAGAAGCGUCAUCUGACAUUCCUGAGGAUCAAUCUUUGCCUGAUAUCAUGCAAUUUGUGACCGAUACCGAUUUGAUAAAUGAAGAACGAACGGACACCGUGGCGGAAUCGAAGAGCACGCCAGAGAACUCGUCGGAAGAAAGUGGAAGCACGCGAGACACCCGCACGUCGAGCGAAGUGAAGGAAGGUCUUGCAAGCACUCGAUCGGCCGAGACUCCGAGCUUACCUAUUCCACUGGUGCCUGAACUGAAUCUGGACUCUCUUCAGGACAACACCGUGUCAUCUUUCAAAAUCUCGGCGAGCGAAACGAAAGAAGACAAUGGCAGUCCGAGAGAGAGCGACGCUACCUCUUUGAUCGAGCCUUUGACCUCGGACGAGAGACUGAUGAAUCGACUGGCCUUGACCGAACACGACGAAGAAGUCGAAGAAGAGGUCACGGGAAGGGACUUGCGGUCGGAACUUCCGGAAGCUGAUCAAUUAUACCGGGCGGAACACGCGGAAUACGUGUGGCUGGAGAAAGAUUCUAUGUCUUCAGAAACCAUUUUGGAGGACGAAGCCAAAUCUCAGGAGGACAGUACCGGUUUGAAAACUCUACCCGAAGACGUUGUACAUGUCGGCCCGCUUUUGCGAGGGGACGAGAAUGACGAAGAGUUGAAUAGCGAGGAAGAAAUUGCGAGGGAAUUAAUAGGAUCAUUGGAUGAAGAAAUACUUCGUGCUGAUGAAUUCAAUUCAAAACCUGAAGAUAGCGGAGAAUUGGAGAAAAGUGAUUUAAGCGCGAACGAAAAAUCUAAUCAACCACCGUCGGAAUUUGUACAAUCAGUGUCGGCUGACGAACCGAAGAAGAUAGAACAUGAAGUUUCUUCAGAAACAAUGAAAACAGAUGAAGAUGUUGCGAGAGGAGGUGAAGAACUCAGCGUGUUGACAAGCCACGCGACGGACAUUAGCGAUGAUAAAGACAUUCCAAUUACGAACAAAGAACACGAAGAAUCUGAAUUGGAAGUGAAAGAAAAAGAAACCGAACAGGUCGCGCCUUUGGCACAAUUUGAACCAGAUGAAUUAUUAGAAGAAAAUGAUAAAGGUGACAAAAUUACAAUCGAAGAUGUGCCUGACAUUGAUAACUUGAUCGAUAAUCGGGAAAAAUCUGAGGACGGGCAAACGAGCAUUGAAGAGAUAGCAGAUACUAGUGAGAUUACGAGUAAAAAUGAUGAAGAACUAAAUAAAAAUCAAGAAGAAAAUGAACAAGAAAAGUUGCAAGAUCAGGAAAACAGUAUGCAAGAAGAAUUACAAGUUGACGAAGAACGUGAGCGGGAAAAUGUAAAACUCCACGAAGAGGAUGACGAAGAGAAAUUAAAAUUGCAGGAAGAAAUCGCAAACGAAGAAAAGUUGCAAGAUCGGGAGAACAGUAUGCAAGAAAAAUCACAAGUUGACGAAGAACGUGAGCAGGAAAAUGUAAAACUNCANGAAGAGGAUGACGAAGAGAAAUUAAAAUUGCAGGAAGAAAUCGCAAACGAAGAAAAGUUGCAAGAUCAGGANAANANUAUGCAAGAAGAAUUACAAGUUGACGAAGAACGUGAGCNGGAAAAUGUAAAACUNCANGAAGAGGAUGACGAAGAGAAAUUAAAAUUGCAGGAAGAAAUCGCAAACGAAGAAAAGUUGCAAGAUCAGGAGAAUAAUAUGCAAGAAGAAUUACAAGUUGACAAAGACCGUGAGCGGGAAAAUGUAAAACUCCACGAAGAAGAGGAUGAUGAAGAGAAAUUAAAAUUGCAGGAAGAAAUCGCAAACGGAGAAAAGUUGCAAGAUCGGGAGAACAGUAUGCAGGAAGAAUUACAAGUUGACGAAGAACAUGAGCGGGAAAAUGUAAAACUCCACGAAGAGGAUGACGAAGAGAAAUUAAUAAAAUCGCAGGAAGAAAUCGGAAACGAAGAGGAAAUGGCAGAAGUAACAGAAUCAAGAAAAGACUCGACGAACGAAUCGAUCAAAGACGGUGAGGAACACGAGAUUAAACAAAUUAGUCGCGACGAAUGUGUCACUGAGAAAAAAGAGGAAGACGUCGAAGACAAAACGGACGAGAAAGUAACUAACACACUUCCGGGGGAAGUAGAAAUUGUUCACGGACCAAUUACAAGCGCAAUAACGGAAGAAUCGGUGGAAGAUCCUCACGAUGGACAUUGGACUAUGAGAACUAAAUCGUCUACUGUGGAAACAACGAUCGAAACUGACGGCCCUAACACGAGCGCAGACGAGAACAUGAAAGCUGUUGACGAUGAGCCAGAAAUUACCGAAUCUCUUUCUCAAAAGAAAGACGACUUCUACUCGGCAGUUGUAAAAAUCCAAGCUUGUGUUCGAGGAUUUUUAGCGCGCCGCCAGAAGCGGAAGGAUCUCGAAUCAGAACUACUUUCAACGCAGAAAACAAUUACGGAUUCUUCGAAUUUGCAAGAAGGCAAAUCCGGGAGACGUCUCCGACGAGAGAUAGCUCUGCGAAACACCACUCUAUCGUUGGAGAACGCUUUCGCCACGGGUCGACUUCAACAUACUGGCGAGUUUCACGAUUCCGUGCCGUUACCGUUGUUCGAUAUAACGAACAGUGAAACUAGUUCAAUACAAUCGAACGAAUCUUCGAUCAAAGAAGUUGAAGAGGAUACAGAAGAAGCCAAACAAUCCAGCACCGAUCAAAGUAGCGAUUGCGUAAACGCUCAUGAGUUCGAGCAAGGCGAGAAUUUUCAAAAGAACAAAGACUUCGCUGAUUAUCCCUUUCCGAUCAUGAUGCAGCUACUGACGGACGCGUCCCGCCGCUUCACCGUCAGCCAGAAUUCUCACUCCGACUUCAAUGCUAACGUCGGAGGAACGAAAAUGAUGGAACCGACCGUGGACAUCGUGAUGCUGGGCUAUCCGAGAAACGAAGAUAACCAGUACCUGAACUUCAUAACUAGCGUUGAGGAUUUAGGUUCCAAUAUGAAUUCCUUAUCUCAGGAAGAUGCGGCAAAAUACACGAAGGACGCCGGGGACGAUCAUCCCUCGAUGACUUCCGGCGAGGGAAGUAUCAGAGAACCCCUGGCUAUUCCAGGCGCGCGUCAGGGUGUCGUGAUCGAGGAAGUGACUAGUUUGGAAGCUGAAGUUCCAUCGGAAUCGACGAAAUCAUCGACCGUACCGAAGACCACCUCGUUGGAUACAAAUAGCUCAGUUCCCCUGGAGGAAUGUGAAGUCAAAGACGAGAAGAGCGAAUCAAAGACGGCGUCGAAGGUCUUAGACGCGAGUACGGAUCGAAAAUCUUCAGACGAUGGGGUUGAAAGACAAACUUCCGACUCUAAGAGUCAAGAAGAAAAAGAUCAAGUCGAUUUAAAUAGCGAGGAUGGUGAUAAAAAGUCUGACAAGAUUGUUUGCGGCAACAAUCAUGAAAGCGUAGAUGAAGAGAAGAACGAGGAGAAGUAAACUGUGGAAAAUUUGCGAAAUGAAAUUGCGAAAAAAAGCGAGAAGAAUUGCGAUCUUUGUGAUCGACACAUGGUUCCUUCAAUUAUAGUCGUUGUUUGUGUGCGCACUGUGUAGAGACAAUUAUUAUCGUAAUUUCACACACCGUUCAUCUUUUUAUUUUAUUAUAAAUUUUAUAAGAGAAACAGAUGCUAACGAUAACUUUUAGGAUUUAGAGUGCCUUAUUUGUUACUCAAUUGUAGAGAAAAGCGAAUAAACAACGACGAACAAACUAUCUCUCAGGAAUAAUCUUAAAAAAUACACGCUACAUGUUCUUCAGUUAGGUUUACACUCUGAUAACAAAUACGUAUUAGAAAAUUCAACAAUCUCUUAGAUUUGCGAUUUUACUUUACACAACAAGAGCGAACGUAUUCUUCCUGCUUUUGUAAUACAACAUACAUAGU